GUCAAGACAAAAAAAUGCACAAGCUUGGCGCAAUACAAUCCCCCCCAAAACCAAAAAAAGUAUGGCCACCUCAUUUAUUGAUUGUUGGAAAAGCUAAGCCCUAGAUCCUCAGAAUCUCUCUCUCUCUCCCCCUCUCCAUGUAUGUGUGGUAUGUAUAUCGCCAUCUCAUUCAAAUUAUCUGGCUCUUCAAAAGGACAAAGGAGUUUCUUCCCUGUCAAUCCCUCCCUCUUCCUCUUUCUCUUACUCCCAGGGCAGACAAAAAACGCACACAUAGAGCGGUGAAUUAAAAAAAGCUGUUGCAUGGGUUCUGCUGCUGAGAGAAGUUAACCCGUGUGUCUCGAAAAAGAAUUACAGGGCGUAGAAACUAGCUAGGGUUUCCGAAGUUUUUCAGUUAAAGAAUGGAAUGGCUUAUUGGGUGUUGGGUUUUCAUAGGUAUACUUGUAGGAUGGUACUGGAUUAAGGAGAAGAAGAAAAUAGAAACCAAGCAUGGGCUUCCUAAAGGGAACUUAGGUUGGCCUUUCAUAGGAGAAACUCUCGAGUUCAUUGCUUCUGGCUACACCUCUCGACCCGUCAGCUUCAUGGAGAAACGCAGAUCUCUGUACGGGAAGGUGUUCAGAACAAACAUCUUGGGAACGCCCAUAAUAGUUUCUACAGAUCCGGAAGUCAACAAGGUUAUCUUACAGAACCAUGGGAGCACUUUUAUCCCAGCAUAUCCCAAAUCAAUCACAGAGUUAUUUGGAAAGAAUUCCAUACUCCAAAUCAAUGGAACUCUUCAGAAGAGAGUGCAUGCACUGAUCGGAGGUUUCCUGAGAUCCCCACAACUCAAAGCCCGAAUUACCAAAGAGAUUGAACACUCUGUCAAAUUCACCCUGUCUACUUGGAAGGACAUGCACGAAAUAUACGUCCAAGAUGAAACCAAAAAGAUUACGUUUGAAGUACUGGUUGAAGCAUUGAUGAGCAUUGGUCCAGGUGAGGAUAUGAAGUUUCUGAAAAGAGAAUUUGAAGAAUUCCUCAAAGGGUUGAUUUGUAUACCUAUUAAGUUUCCUGGAACCAGACUGUACAAAUCUCUGAAGGCUAAGGAAAGGAUGUUGAAGGUGGUGAGGAGGAUCGUGGAAGAAAGAAAAACAGCCCUAAGAAAUACAAACGAGAAGCCUCCAAUAAUUGAUUUUGUGGACGUGUUACUGCGGGAUAUCGAAGAAUCGAGCGAGAUGCAACGCCUACCGUCUGAUUUCAUCACUGGGAAUAUCAUAGAAUUGAUGGUCCCUGGAGAGGAAACUAUGCCGACGGCUAUGACACUAGCUGUCAAAUUUCUCAGUGAUUGCCCCGUCGCUCUAGAAAAGCUAAUGGAGGAAAACAUGGAACUGAAGAAACAGAAGACGGAUUCCUCUGAAGGUUAUGCUUGGACUGACUACAUGUCCAUGCAAUUUACUCAAAAUGUCAUCAGUGAAACUCUCAGACUGGCAAAUAUCAUCAAUGCGGUUUGGAGAAAAGCACUCAAGGAUGUAGAAAUCAAAGGUUAUUCUAUACCACAAGGAUGGUGCGUCUUGGCCUCGUUUAGUUCUGUUCACAUGAAUGAAAAUAACUAUGAAAACUCAUAUCGAUUCGAUCCAUGGAGAUGGGAGAAAAUGGGAGCUGCUGUUAAUAACAAUUGCUUUACACCAUUCGGGGGUGGACAGAGGCUAUGCCCUGGAUUAGAACUUUCCAGGCUUGAGCUCUCGAUAUUUCUUCACCAUCUUGUCACUAGUUACAGAUGGGUAGCACAACAAGAUGAAAUUGUCUACUUUCCAACGGUCAAGAUGAAGAGAAAGCUCCCCAUCAGAGUUACCCCCAUAAGCACUUGAUCUGUUGAUCAACUAACUAUAGUAAUAUUUAGUUACAGCUAUUGAUUGCCACAAGAUUAAUGAAGAUUAUAAUCAACAUAUCGAUCAAAGGAAGGAAUCUGCCCAGAAAAUGCAUCGAUCUCAACCUCAAAGGAGGAUAAAUAUACAUAUAUAAGUGGACAGACCCACUCGGAGGCCUCUCCAUCAAAUGGAACUCUAUAAUUGUGUUAGCUCCGGAGUCACUGUCUAUUUUUAUUGCAGGAGCAGGAGGGGGUACACUCUUUUGGGGCCAAUCUCCAGUCCCCAGUCCUUAAAGCUGAACCCCUCGAGUUGGGAAGAUUUAUUAUUGAAAUCUAGCUUUAAAUGUACAAAAAUUUUCUGGUUGCUUCGAUAAAACAUUUGUGGCUGUUAUGAACUCUAAAUGGGGUCAUGGUUUCCACUGCUUGCAUGUGCUGUACUUUGAACUACGUUCUGUUGGUGGAGCCCUAGUACAACGCCCGUACUCCCCCACUCACCUUGUUUUGUUUGUGUUUGAAGCAAUGUUACUCUCAGCUCUCUAUUUACAUUUUGGAAAAAGUUCCUCGGCGUCAAUUUAAUUUUAACACCAGCCAAUACAAAUUCACCA